GGACAAACCCCCCUGGCUGCGUCGAAUGCAAAAGUGCCCUGCGCUACAAGCCGAGAAACGAUCCCUUGUCAGACGCUACGAAUCUUCUUGUCCGAGCCGGAUCUCUCUUUCCUCCGCUACAAUCGAGCGACCUUUCUAACCCCUCGCACGGAUCGCUGCUGAGUAACAGUGCGACUAUGUCACAACCUGAGGUGCCAAAACAAGCCCGGAAGGGAACCAAAAGCUGUAGCGAGUGUAGGCGCCGCAAAAUUCGCUGUAUACGACGGUCCGAAGAGGCAGAAUCAUGUCGAAGCUGUGAAGACCGAGGCUUGAAAUGUGUUGCACAGGUAUACACUUCUCGGCCAGUCCACGAGCAGAGAUUGCCGUCGCGCCAUCGGAUUGCGCUCCUGGAGUCCGAGGUCGCCAGUCUUCGCAACGCUGUGCGUGAGAUCCAAUCGAAGUUGGGUUACCAAACAACAGACUUCGCAAGACCAGCUUCUAUUCUGCCAACCAGCAGCCCGGGAGAUGAUGGCUCCGACGAUGAGUCCAAUGGCUCUGAUGUCCUGGCGACAGAACAACCUUUGCAUCUCCGUUCGCUUUUCCAGAAUGACUGGCUGAGUGGGGACUUUGGCCGACAAGACCAGCAACUACAGGAACGCAAGGCCAAGGCAUCCGCCCAUCUGCUGGACCUCGCCAGGCAGACACUACAGCAGCUAAUCCCUCAAAGAGAAGAUGUUCUGGAUAUGGCUAGAACGGCCUCGAAAUGGAUUGAUCUGGUUCAUGCCAUGCUUCCCCAGCCAUUUGCGGUGAAAUCUCAGCGAGAACUCCUGGACAGCUAUGAGAGCAUGUGCGCGCCUGAUGCCGAUGCCAUGAGCUUAGCAUCAUGGCUGCUUGAUCUUGCUGUGACGGCUCAACAAGAGCCACAAGAUCAAGGAAGUCCUGCAACAUCGCUCAGAAGAUUUCACAGAAUCUCUGACUUCUCCCGCGCAAUAUCUGAUGCAGUGGAGAAUACGCUAAUAUCCCACGACCGACUAAUGGGAACAACACAAGGAUUAGGAAUGGCGAUGCACUUCCUGAGACUUCAAAUAAGCCAAGGGAAUUUCCAGAAGGCAUGGAUCCGCAUGCGACACUUUGUAGCAAUGGCAGAGCUUCUCGGGCUGCCAAAAGCGUCUCAAGGCGUUCAGCUUAGCGGCAUCGCUGGCCCACCCGAUCAGUUGCAGCUUCAGAAAAUCCAGCUCUGGGAAUUUAUGUGCUCUGCAGAGAGAUUACUUUGCAUGAUUAUCAAUCGUCCGCCUGCCACUCGGCGCUUCGAACACACAAAUGCACAACCUCUAACAAUCAACGGCAUGGUCCAAGUCCACGUAUACCUCAACAGAUUGACGGACAUCACAGCAAAGUUCCACACCCUCGACGACCUCAGCGCCGCCCAUGGAUCUAGCGCACAAGCGUAUGCGUACGCUCUAGAGCUCGACCGAGAGUUGCGAGUUCUUGCUUCUCAGACUCCAAAAACCUGGUGGGAUCAGGACUUUGCGCUUGUCAAACCAGAAAGUCUUUGUCAACUUCUACAUUAUUAUUUCCUGAUGAGAGUCCAUUUGCCCUUCACCAUGCGCCAGGACCCAGCCGAGGGAAACAUGUACAGCCGCUUGACUUGCAUGGAAGCUUGUGAAGCAGUUGCGCAACGCUAUCAACACCUUCGCCGAAUGCUCCCAUCUGGCUUUUUUCUUUCUCCGAUCAUGGAUCUACAAGCAAUCACCGCAACCAUUGUUCUCCUCCUCACAUCCCAUAGCGGACCUUCCAGCAAUCAUCUUGAUUCAGAGGCGAAUAAGGCCAGAGUACAGGGCAUUGCAGCACAAGUGCUCCAGGUCAUGGACGCAAAGUCUCGUGAUGCAGCUAAUGCCAACUUUUCCCGGCUCGGCGCUGCGACUAUUCGCUCCCUCAAUGCUCUACUUCAGCAAACCGGCGAUGCCACAAGUUCUCGUCAGUUGAAUUUGAAGGUUCCAUUACUCGGAAAUGUCAACGUGCGCCGGAAUAUCGACCCUUCACAGACGUCAUCCACGGCAAACCAGCAGCCCUUCCAGGUUCAACAAGAUACCGGCCUAUGGAGAGCGCCCGAGCAGAUCCUGCACCAGCAGCCUGGCGUCACGCCCGUGAACACCGGCCCUCAACUAGCCUUGACGCAGACGACGGCGGAGUGGGAAUUGAAUCCUCUUUCAUGGUCUUUCGACACCCAUGACAAUUUCUUUCAAGAUGCCUUCAUGGCAGAUGCGUUUGAUCAGACUGGGAUGUGGCAGACCGAUUACAGUAGCUUCCAUGCUAAUACGUAGGUGGCCAGAUGUUGCGCACAAGAAAGCUCAGACUGAAGGUAGAAAUGUCCUCAAGUAGUAAU